CAGAAAUCAGAGGUGAGCCGAGACCCGGAUCUGGUACGCUGUCGAGAGAAGAGGGCCCGCGCGCUCCAGCGGCUCAAACAGCAAGGCCACCGCAAUCGGGCCGAGGCAGAAGGAACAGACAUAGCGGCUGAGUACGACCGCUGCAAGAAGAAGGCUCACAGCCUAUCCCAGAAAUUGAAGAUCCGGAGGCUUCGGCGAGCCAUCAGGGAAUUUCACAGUUCCGUGCAUGUCGAGGAGAUCGAAAGGCAGCUGAAAGGCAUCAAGCCGCCAGACGUGAUCGUGCCACCUACUAUUCAAUAUGACCUUCCUGAGAGGGCCCGCCUGGCGCGGCUUCUCGCACGCGCCGCGGAUUCCAAGAACAUGGACGAAUUGCAGGACAUUCGGACAGAACUUGUGAGCACAAUUGCUCAGCUCUGCACACGGAGGGAGAGUCUUUGUCGGGACCAUGCGCAGCGGGGUCGCAAAGCAGAGGCGCCUUUGCCGGAUCCAGAUCCUCCUCGGAAUCUUGGCCCACAACCCAUACCACCAAAACAAAGCACUUUUGCAUGCUGUCCCUUCUGCCGAUGGGCCGAUGACAGCGUGGGUAGCUACCAACGGACGAAGCUUUGGCGCAUCGACAGCUUGGCGAGACAUUUGCGCCUGCAGCAUCUGAGACUGCGGCGCAUGCCGUUAAAGUGUCCAUUUGGUGGCUGCUCGGAGUCCUACACAACCUGGACCAGUUUCGCAACCACGCAGCACACCGGCAUGAAUUACAUCUCCCGCCAUCUGUACUGUCCAAGUAGAUCAAAAUCAUACUUGUUCGGUCUCGCAGCAUGGCUCCAGAUUGCAGCACUGAAAGGCACCGUUCCAACGUAUGAAACGAGGCUUGGGAAGGCUUGUCAUCGAGGGGUCCGCGUGUCGGAAACCUAUACGUUAUGUGGUACACCCGAGUACCUGGCUCCAGAGGUCAUCCUUAAUAAAGGACACACCACAGCCGUGGACUGGUGGGCUUUGGGGAUCCUGAUAUACGAGUUCCUGACCGGCUAUCCUCCAAUUGUCCAAAAGCCAGUCAACUUCCCACAAGAGCCGGCAAUCUCGCCCGAGGCGCAGGACAUCAUCCGGUCUCUCUGCAACGCGGAUAGGUCCCACAGGCUGGGCAACGUGAGCGGCGGUGUAAAGACGCUUAAGGAUCACCCCUUUUUCCGGGGCGUGAACUGGGAUGACGUCUUCAACCGGCGACACAAGGGCCCCAUCAUUCCACCCAUCAGGUCCCCCGGUGAUGCGCAGUGCUUCGAUGUGUACCCGGAAGAGGACGCUGCCCGUGAUGAGUAUACCGACGACUUGAGGCAGAAGUAUGACGGGUACUUCCAGGAUUUCUAA